AUGGCCCACAUCUUGUGCAUUUUGGCACUUCUGUGUUUUGCGUCACGUGUUGUGGAAAACACAGAGACUGAGCAGGAAUUGAAAGACCUCCAACUUCAGCAAGAUUCACUGUCAUGGCUUGACAAAUUACAGGAAAGGCAGGAAUCAACAACAAAGCAAAACUUAGUAGACUUGUUUUAUAAACUCUUCAAAUCUGAAAAUGGAAUAACCCUCCAAGGACCUGCAGACACAGAGAAAAAGGAGAAGAAUCGACGUGGACUGUAUGGCAGGACAACUCAGUCUCGCAGAGCUGGCUGUAAAGUCUUCUUCUGGAAAUCCUGGACAUCCUGCUAA